AGAAAAUAUUUUAAAAUGUAUACUAGAGUAAAACUCUUAUUUUGCUACCGCCAAUGAGGAGGACGUUUUAAACAAAAGUGAAAGUGCUCAUUCUUCUUGUAUCGAAUUGUUCAGGUCGCGAGUUAACUUAGAUGAUUUGGAGAGCUGUUUAGUUAAAAUGUGUUCGCACAACUAAUCUAAACAGAAAAAUAAGCAACAUCAAGUACAUUUAUGUGUUAUUUGUUCAGGAAGUGCUCGGUGAUGUUAGCGACACUUGCUUACAUCCUUCCGUUGGUUUGUGGGCUGCAGGGCGCUGAUGUAGUUUUGUCCUGCUCUCUGAUCGAGGAGGGUGGAGGGAUGGGGGGCAUGAUGGGCGGGAGUAUGUUCAAGCGCACCCCUUCCACUCUCGUCUUCAGGGAUCUUGUUGAGAAUGCAGGUCUGUCACCAGAGCUUGUGACCCCAUUUAACCCGCCCGAGACACCAAAUGCAGAUGAUCUCAUCUUUGAGCUGUUGUUGCCAUCUAUUCAGAUUCCUGAUGCAGAUUCUCUUCUUCACGCUGACUGUAACGAACAGAAUAUAGUUUGUGAGAUCAGCCGCUAUGUUCCUCGUGGUGCUGAUCCAGAUUCCCUACCUGCUCAUUUCAUUGGCUCAGUUCAGCUGGAAGGGGCGGGCCUAAGCCUCACUCUGGUGCUACAGACCUCUCCCAGUGAGACAGCCGAAUCUGACAGCCGUCCUCUAAUGCAGAGUAAACUCAAUCUGCCUCUCAGCCAAUCAGGAACAUUGCUGACGGCGGUUGUAUUUGUGGUGUUCUCGCGGGUACCAUCCGUCGUGGCUCCUAUAGGAGGUGAUGUACGGUUAGACUGUGGCUUUAGACAGAAGGACUCGAUACCCGGGCAGGAUGUGGCACUUGAGUGGCGUCUACAGCACAGAGGGAACGGACGCAAAGUCCUUGAUAUGAAAGCCAGAGAGAUGGAGGCAGAAGUGGGAUCAGAUGUGCUAGUGGACCGAGAAGGCACGAGUGCAGAAGCGGAUCUGCUGGUGAGAGAAGGUAAUGCAUCUCUGACUCUUCAGAGGUUAAAGGUCAGUGAUGAAGGCACGUACAUCUGCACUGUCGGCUCUGGAGAGUUUCAGACACAACAGGUCGUCCAAGUGCACAUUACACAGCCCCCUCUUGUCACGCUCUCUGAAGAGAAACUGACAUUUCAAGACAAGGCGCCCAAGAAACUCAGCUGUGAAUGUCAUCGAUAUUACCCUCUGGAUGUACAGGUGGAGUGGUUAUCCCAGCGACCCUCUGAUGAAGAGCCCGUCUCUUUCUCUAAAGAAUCCUCCCUCUCUAGUCAUCGGCAGCACAGUGACGGGACAUAUUCGCUCUCAUCUCACCUCACGCUACGGCCUAAUGAACACCCUCCCGACACGGUCGUCACGUGCAGGGUCUCUCACACCGCCCUAGACACACCCACUGAAGUCGCCCUGACUGUGGGGAAACCAGAACCAGAAAGUGUGUUUUGGACAGUUGUCCUAAUGCUGCUGAUUUCAGUGGUGUUUUUGUAUCAAGCCUUCAAAAUGCAGACAGCUAGGCCAGUCAUAAAAGAAGCUUGAAAGGGGACAGUGUUUUUCUUUCAUCUGUCAUCAACUUCUGUCUUCAAAUGGGUGUACAUUUAAAUGUAUUCAGUGUACAUUUGUUUAAUGAAGUCUAUUGUCAAGAAAAGGUUCGUACAUAACUUAUUCCAUAAAUGUAAAGUAAUUUCUCUUAUUUUGUUCUACUGUAUAUUAUGUUUUUAUUGGUUGAAAAAUGUUAUUGCUUUAAUAAAAAAAGACAGACAAGAGUAUGUUGAUGGUUUUAUUGGCAUUGUAGUAUUAUGGAGGAUAUACUGUAUGUGUGCGGUUUAUGCUUUUUAAAAUCUAAUGUUUGUGUCAGAGGUGAAAGAAUUACCUCUCUGUCGUGGCUUUAUUAUUCAUUCACAAAAACACAAAUAUAUAAUUUGACAUUAUCUUUAGGAAGAUUGGAACCAUUUUUGACAUUGACAUGAUUGUCAAAAUGUGUCUCACACUAACUAAAUGUCUCAUUUGAGCUUACAAGAGAAAAUACACAUCUACAGUCAAAAUACAAAACCACAUAUAAAAACAAAAGAACAAAAUAUGCAAGUGUAUAGACACAGGAAUGUGAUAACCAAUAGUUAUCUAUUGCAUGGCAGUACAGACUAUUAUUCUCACCCUGCAUUGAUUUUACAUUUCUGAGUAGAUUUCCGUACAUUUCUGUACAUCAUGGCAGGCUCACAGUAUUAUUUUUUUUUUUUGCCCAGACGAAACUUUUCCACAAAAGAGGAAAAUGAGGUUUGUUCUGUAAAUCAGGCAGUCAUAGUAAUAGAACUUAGAAAAAUAUUUAUAAAUAAUAAAUAAAUGAAUACACCACAUAUAAAAGAGACAGUAGGAAUAAUCUGUCAUGCAAGUCAAAAACCAGCAGUUAACCUUCAACACAGUUUUAAUUUAAUUGUAAUUUUCUUCCUGUCAAUAUAAUAUAAAUGGCUGUAUUAUUCUCUUUUUACUAUUUAUUUUUAUUAACUAAUAACAUUCUCCUUUAGAUAAAAAUAAAAACUGCAUCUUGUAAAUUCUUUUUGUGCUAUGCAGUUUUUUUCUGGAAAAAGUACCUGUAUUCUGUAUUAUCUGUAUUAUCAGUACACAUACUCUAUGAGUUCUGAAUAAAAUAGAUAGACUGAUAGCUCAUGGUACAGGCUAAUGGCAAUAGCAGUAAUAGUAAGAUGGGAGCCAGAACAGAUUAUGUGCGUAUCAAUUUACAAAUGCUCUCUUAAAAAAUAUCCAAAGAGAAAGGUUUGACAUCACAGGGAGAGAUUGGAUGUUUUCUGUGCCACCCAUUUUUUUUGUAAUCUAUUUGACAGCCCCCUCUCUCUCUUCUACAUGCAAAAGACCCCCUUGAGUCCUGCUAUUCUCUGUCAAUCACAUGACUGCUCAUCACAAGUGUAGCUACAAUUUUCCUCCCAUUCUUAUAGCCUGAUGUCUUAUCUCUCCCUCCCUGUAUGUGUGUGUAGUUACUAUAUGUAUGAAAUGCAGUAAACUCUGAGAGUGAGGGAAAGAGAGAGUGAGGGAGGGAGAGAGAGAGAGAGAGAGAGACUAAAAUAAAUUGCAUGUGAAAUGUACAGGUGAAAGAAGAGCUCAUAUCUACUACAGUCUCCAAAUUGUGAGACAAAACCGAGAUCUUGAAGAGAUGGAUCAGGAAAAGGGGUGGAGCUUGUUAUUGUGUUGUUUAUGCUUUCUUCCUCAUUCAUACAUUUUCUCAUUCUCAUCAUGUGGAUCAGCUCAGGAGAAGAAAUACA